AUGGAACAAAUGACAUCCAGCUCGAAACUGCUUCUGGAGCUGCUAUUAAGAACUUCUACAACGGAGAUUGCUAGUAUGGAGUCGAUGAGCUUGAGCGCGAGUAAUUCCAGAGGCAACUCAGGCAAGAGCUCUCUGGUCAAAAGAAAACGAAACAAGAAAUCCUUUCACAAAGGCUUGCCUGCACUACUUCCCGACGGCACACAAGUUCAUAUUUAUUGUGGAAUUAUCGACAUCCUCCAGUGCCACAAAAUUCUCAAGAAAACGGAAUAUUUCAUCAAAAAUCUUUACACAAAUGGCGACGGGAUUUCAGUGGUGCGGCCUGGCUUAUACGCUGAGCGAUUCCAAGAUUUCCUGAAAAACAAAGUCUUCAUUCCCCAGUCCAAAUCAUCGUUACCUAAUCCGCGCCAAAUUCUUGAGCAGGGGCUCGAAGAAGAACUUGAAGAUAAGCCAAUCAAAUACUGGGCCGACAACCUGGAAGCUACUUCGAACACGAUCUUCUCUAACGGCGAUCUUGAUCCCUGGGGCCCCUCCGACACAACCUUCAAGCACCACUCGUCCACGUAA